GGAAGUGACCGCGGCAGCAGGACAACAUCACGAUUCUCCCAGGCAGGCCACCCCUUUUGCAAUGCCAAUUAAGACCACUGCCAUCUUCAUGGGGCUCGGUCAAGUCGGGCUCGGAGGUUGUGGCCGAAGGCAGGGACGGAGAUAAGGUGACCAAGGGCGCUGCAGCAGUGGCAGGAUGGCGACGCUGGCGUUCCGGAUGGCGUGUCCCUGCCUGGCGGCGGUGGGCGAUGCAGUGGGCAGUGUGGGGUGCCUCAUCGCCGCUGCAGCUGUGUUCGCCCUCCUCUGGACACUCAUUGCCAACAUGCCGCACCCGUCGGAGUGCAGAUGCAUCGGUCGGCCGGCGAGGACAGUCAGUAGUGAGACAAUCGAUGAGACGGCUGACCUGAUGGCAGGGCGGGACGGUGUGUGUGUGUUGUUGGCAGGCGAUUUGUACAUCAAGGCUGGGUGGCACAAGCACUACCCCUUCAACAUGGUGGUGGAGGUGCACCAUGGCGAGCAGUACCCCACCAAGGGGUCGCACUUCCUUCUCUUCAGAUGUGGCAGAAACAGCGAGAGGACCACGGGUGCGGAAGGACUUCUGUGCGCGUGUGUGAGAGUAUUUUGAUGUGCACAGGAGGCUGCUGCUUGCGUGUGUGUUUCUUCUUCUGCUGCAGCUGACCCCAAGUGCCAGUGGCAUCAGCGGCUCAAGUUCCACGUCAGACAGUGCGAUAAGAAGUUGAAGAUAUUCUUCAUGACUGCCGUGCGUCGCACACCCACAUACCCACACCAGCCGUGGAUUUGAUGACCGCGUGCACCCAUGUCUCUCUCUUUCUGUUGUGUUUCCUUCCUUAGGGCACGAUCAAGAACACGGAGGUGCCCAGCCUCGAGCUCGACAUCGACGAUGACCUCUGCGAACAAAACUUCCCCAAACAAAGAGCGUACGAGGGGAGCAAGAAGGACAGACAGCACACACAGGCCAAGGCACAGCCCCUUGGUGCUCUGAAUGUGCGUGUCGCUUAGAUACCAGUUCAAGGGCAAGGACAACCGGAAUGCCGGCAAGGCCAAACUCAGCUUCAUCAAAAGUACACACACGGAGGGAGGAAUACACCGAAUGACUGACGUAUGUCUCGCUGGUGCAGUUGAGGGCGAGAUUCCCUCCGAGGCGACACCGCUGAUGCAACAGGCCAUGCUCAGGGCACAGAUUGACGGUCGGUACCUGCCUCACACACACACACACACACACGCACCCACAGACACAGGUGCACACCACACCCACAAGCGCAGACAGACGUCCUGGUGCCUCUGCUCUGCUCUGCCCUGCCUCAGCUGGCGAGUCCGAUGAACCCCUCAAUCUGGUGAGCACAGCAGCCAGACAGCGACAGACAGCGACAGACACACCGACAGACACAUAUGCGAUGCAUCAAUCCAUCCAUCCAUCAGGAUUUGGAGAAGAUGACCGAGACGGACAAGCUGCGGCUGUGCGCCAGGUGCAUCACCGGACCCCUCGAGAAAAUGGCCGCAUUCGGAUGUAAUGUAAUAUAUGCGGUGUAAUCACCAGCCAGCCACACGCCCUCACGGCAGCAAGGUGGCUGUCUGUCUGUGUGCGUGUGUCUCUUCCCGUCUGCCCCUGUCCUGCUUGUCAGCAUGGCGGCCCGUAUUCGUCAAAGCCCAGGAGGCCAAAGCGGGUACGUCAGUCAGUCGGCACCCACAGACAGAAAUUUUCCGUGUGUGCAAGUUAAGUGCGUCUGUUGUGUUGUGUUGUGUGCCCGUCCCGUAUGGGGACAGCCAAGUGGGAGUUGGCGUAUUGGGACAGCCAAGAGAGCUGCCGGCAGGGCCAGGAGAAGCUGGGGUCCAUCCCAUUCAUUGCCGUCAGCAAGGUGGUCGUCGACCCAUCAGACAGACACUCAUUCUUCAUUCAAUACCACGAAAAAAGCGGUGAGUGCGGUGCGCCGAUGGCAUGGCACGCUGCAUCGUCUCAACGAGACACAGAGCAGAGCGGCCAUGCCAUGCCCCACCACGAGUGUGUGUGUCUGUCUGUCUGUCUGCAGGCAACCAGGUAGUGGUCCGUGAUUGGUGUCUGAAGCGAGUCGACAGAGACAGGGACCUCUGGGUCGACGGACUCUAUGAGUUCAUAGACACCGUAAGUUAGUUGAAUAACCACACCAGACAGACAGACAGACACACGCAGACUGACUGAACUGACUGACAACCGCCGACAUGACAGCAUUUCAUUCAUUUAUGUGUCAAUCAGUACCGCAAUGUUCGCGACAAGCUCAAGGAAGAGAAGAAGGAGGAGAAGGCGCAGAAGAAGCUGCAGAAGAAGGCCAAGAAAAAGAAAAAGGGCUCUGCUGCCGCCGCCGCGGCGAGUGCCGCAGAUGAGUCUGCCCCUGGGGAGACGGAGGGGCCUGCUACAGAGGGAUUGCUGGAUUGA